AGUACUGUUACAGGCAGCUCAUUUUUGCAGGUCAGGUCACUCCACUGUGUCGAAUGUCUGAAGCCGUUGCUGGCUUCUUACCGCCUGGCUCUUUAGCUUUAAUAUGAUCGUUAAUUUCUGUGCGAAAACGAUCAGUCUUGCAAUCGAUAAAAAGAGAUAACAUGGUUUGAUUUAAACACGGGGCUGCUGAAGAAAUCGUCUAUUGAAAGGUUUAACACAAAGGCCCCGAGUUCCUGCUCAGGACAAUGGAGCUAUGAUGAGCAUUUGACGGCAUCUUGAUCACAUGGGCUCCUAUCCUACGCUGACCCAAUGGUUUAAUCACCAGGAUUAAAAAUGAGCAUAAGCAGUGAUGAGGUCAAUUUCCUGGUGUACAGAUACCUGCAAGAGUCAGGCUUCUCCCACUCGGCGUUCACCUUUGGCAUAGAGAGCCACAUCAGCCAGUCCAACAUCAAUGGAGCCCUGGUGCCCCCUGCUGCCCUCAUCUCCAUUAUCCAGAAGGGCCUGCAGUAUGUGGAGGCUGAAGUCAGCAUCAACGAGGAUGGGACGUUGUUUGAUGGGCGGCCUAUUGAAUCCCUUUCUCUGAUUGACGCUGUGAUGCCGGACGUAGUCCAGACCAGGCAGCAGGCCUACAGGGACAAGCUGGCCCAGCAACAGCAGGCGGCAGCGGGCAGCGGCAGCGCCACGGGGCCCCAGGGAAGCGCCAAGAAUGGAGAGGGUGCUGCCAAUGGGGAGGAGAACGGAGCCCACGCCUUAGCCAACCACCACUCAGAGAUGAUGGAGGUGGACCGGGACGUGGAGAUCCCCCAGAGUAAGGCCAUGGUCCUUAGGGGCCAUGAGUCUGAGGUUUUCAUCUGCGCAUGGAACCCAGUGAAUGACCUCCUUGCCUCCGGGUCUGGGGACUCAACAGCGCGGAUCUGGAACCUGAGUGAGAACAGCACAGGCGGUUCCACCCAGCUGGUGCUGAGGCACUGCAUACGGGAGGGGGGACAGGACGUACCCAGCAACAAAGACGUCACCUCACUGGACUGGAAUAGUGAGGGUACGCUGCUAGCAACAGGCUCUUAUGACGGCUUUGCCAGAAUAUGGACAAAAGACGGUAACCUGGCCAGUACUUUGGGUCAACAUAAGGGUCCUAUAUUUGCGCUUAAGUGGAAUAAGAAAGGAAACUUCAUCCUCAGUGCUGGUGUAGAUAAGACCACCAUUAUUUGGGACGCCCACACAGGAGAAGCCAAGCAGCAGUUUCCUUUCCACUCAGCCCCUGCUCUGGACGUGGACUGGCAGAGCAACAACACGUUCGCCUCCUGUAGCACAGACAUGUGCAUCCAUGUGUGUAAGCUGGGCCAGGACAGGCCCGUCAAAACCUUCCAGGGACACACGAAUGAGGUGAACGCCAUCAAGUGGGAUCCCACUGGGAGCCUGCUGGCCUCCUGCUCUGAUGACAUGACACUGAAGAUCUGGAGUAUGAAGCAGGACUCGUGUGUGCAUGACCUUCAGGCCCACAGUAAGGAAAUCUACACCAUCAAGUGGAGCCCCACGGGCCCCGGGACCAACAACCCCAGCGCUAACCUCAUGCUGGCCAGUGCAUCGUUUGACUCAACGGUGCGUCUGUGGGACGUGGAGCGCGGGGUGUGUAUCCACACCCUGACCCGCCACCAGGAGCCCGUGUACAGCGUGGCCUUCAGCCCGGACGGCAGGCACCUGGCCAGCGGCUCCUUCGACAAGUGUGUUCACAUCUGGAACACUCAGACGGGUGCUUUAGUCCACAGCUACCGGGGGACAGGAGGGAUCUUUGAGGUGUGCUGGAACGCCACAGGGGACAAAGUGGGAGCUAGCGCAUCAGACGGAUCGGUUUGUGUAUUAGACCUGAGGAAAUGACGCUCGUUUGGGGGAGCCAUGGACCGACUACGAAUGUGUACAUAGCCAAAAUGACUGACUGUCCCUGCCUGUCCACCACACUGCUGUAGUCCCAUCAGAUGCCAUGGCCCACCAUUACAGCCAAACGGAGCGCCCCCCCACCCCCUCCCCAAUAUAUACACAUAGACAUACACACAUACACGGACCAGACCCUCGCCACAUACACAAAUUCUUACGCACAUACGUCAGACAUGUAACCGGUCUGUUCAUGGACAUUUGUGUUGCUCACACAGACCCGCAGGAAGAAAGGAUUUCUCUACGCUCACACAGUACAGAAUUCUUGGAAGAAUUAAAAAGGACCCGUAACUUGUAUACCAAAAUAUCAGGAUUUUUCUCCCUUUGCUCUUUUUAAUCCUUUGUACCAGAAUUGUAAUGUUUUUUUGUUUUGUUUUGUUUUUUUCUCAGUUAACGUGUGCAUAUUGCACAUGUCAGCAGUCGGUGUCCUGUGGCCAUUGUUGUUUUGAAUUAGGAUUUUACUGAUGUCUGUAGGUUUUGUAUUACAUGUCGGGUGGGAGAGAAGAGAGGGGAGUUGAAAAGUUGUUAGUCUUUUACGAUUGGUGCUCAAAGCUGAUAUUGGGAGAGAUCCAUUCACUUCUUGGCACUCUGGAUUCUUUUUUUUUUUUUUUUUAAUUCAGAUAAAUAUGUCAAAAUUUGAAUUUGUGUUUCAACUGUAAUUUUAUCCCAUCUGUUUUCUUUCCAUUUUACCAUUUAAAAAAAAAAAAAUUAGAAAGCAGUUUAUGAGCGGGUAAGCUGUCCUUUGUGACUUUUAUCCCACUCAACCUCAGAAAUGGUUUUCAGGUGUUUAAUAUUUAUCAGGUUAAUAUAGAGCUCUAAUGAUUCAAAACCUCUAGGCUGAAAGUUUAUCUCUGUAGCUGUUACACACACACCCUGUCAAUCUCGUGCUAACGGUGUGCCGGGCUCAGGUCAAGGAAGGGCAGAAAAGAUAUAGACGCUGAUCUGCAGUCAGUUUCGUGUUCCCCUCACUUGCUGCGAAGGUCAGGUUCCCCGGGAAGUGAGCUCGUCCUGCAUCUGCGUGUGUAGCUUACGGAUGGAUGGCUGUGCUUUCUGUGUAGUUUGUGAGGGAAUGGGGCGCAGGCAGGAGUAGCUUGCUUUCUGAUGUCAGUGUUGCCUCUGGGAUCUGUAGGGAGAAAGAGAGAGAGAGAGAGUGUGUGUGUGUGUGUGUGCGGGUAUGCGUGUGUGUGUGUGUGUGUGUGUUUGGGAAGGGGUGGGAGGGCAGGCUCUUAACCACUAACUAGCGUCCAUAUGACGAGAGCGUUUCAUAGUCAUUAAUGUGCUUGUUUCUUCAGUUCGUGGCUUGUUGCUAACCAAUGCUGAAUGAUAAUCAGACUAAGCCAUUUUAAUUAACGUCCCGCUCCUGUUUUCUUUUCGCCUCCUCGCUUGGUCGUUAAAAUAUUAUCAGGAAUAAUCACUUCUCCACACAGGCUUGUUCACAGCGCCUGGACCGCACCUUCUUCAACACGGCACAGGAUCUCGGUCGGUCAAGCUGAGGCGUUUCCAGCCGGGGAGGGGGAGGGCCCGUUGACGUUGGCUCGCACCACACGUAACGUGGUUGAUUGAUGAUGCUGGACUUCAUAUCAGUUCGUCACGUUGAGCAGUUGUUUACGACAUUCGGUUCAGCUUAAACGUCCGGCUUUUCAUUCCGUGUGUGUGCAGCUUUCAUGUUCAGUGUUGACCCAAGUACACACUACAGUUCCCGCUUUGGUUUGCUGUCGUCGCCCAGCAUUAACAAACUCUAUGGAGACAGGCUUACGUUGAGGCCUACGCACGGAUAGAUGGCGCUUUUCUUUGUAGUGUUCAGAGGUGGCGUUUUGAAGCAAGUCUGUGUUUUUUUUGUUUUUUUGUUUUUUUGUUUUUUUGUUUCUAGGCAGGGUUGAAAAGAAAGCAGACUUGCAGCAUAUGACUUGAUGUAACAUUGUAACUGCAUAUAAUAUAUAUAUCUGUGCUAUCACAGGGGAUUCUUUUGUAUGCCACUCGUACGCUGAGGGUGGUUUUAAAAAUUCUGCGUAACUUUUUUGAAGACACAAAAUAUGCGAUGUUCUUGCGCAUCAUGUGGGGUCCCAACCAUGAGGAAUGGUUCUUUAUAAAAUACCAUUAAACAGUCAUAGCUAAACGUAAAGAGCUGCCCUUCGCAGGGUAUUUACAGGUUCUUUUUUUCUGCACUUUAGACUAAAAAUGGAAAAACAGGGAGGUGUGUUUUAUUAAAGGCAUCGUAGACACAUCUAAUGUUAAAAUGCUCUUAAAAGACUAAUCAGAAUUGAGACUAAAAAAAAAGAUGUAGUGUUUAGUGAGAUUGUUAAGGGUGAAUAGUGUCUUGUUUGGUUACUCCUAUUUGAACCAAGCCGACUUCAUGGCAUUCCAGGUUUCAUCUCGCAGCCAUAACUAACAUCGAAACGGCUUGACAAACACCAAUGUUGUUGGACAUUUCAGAGGCGUUUUGUUUGCAUUUUUUGUUAGGAACGUUACUUGUUUAAAAAAAAAAAGUCAAAUAAAAAACAAAUUUUGUACUGAUGCUAAGAGUAUUUUGAGGUUUGCUUUAAUACGGUCAGCAGUGAUUGGACUGUACCACAAAGACACUAUUUCAUAUGAUGUCUAUGACAGUGGAAUGGUAUUUUAUAAUGUUUUGUUUUUAGAUGAUAAGCUUUUUACACUGCAUUCAAGUGUGUUUGCUAUUUUUUUUUUUUUUUUUUUUUUUUGUUCCUACCGAAAGUACUAAUUCUAUCUUUGCUAUGUCAGAAAGCCCUUGAAGGUUUUGUACUCUUUAAAAACUUUUGUAAUUCUGAUUUAUUUGUAGCUAUGUACUCAAAAUGAACAAAAAAAAAAAAAAAAAAACAAAACAAAAAAAAAGAUGCAAUCUGGAAUUCAAUGUUGAUGUAUUAUAACACCCAGACCAUGUAAAUACCAAUUUGCAGAUUUUUGUUGUGUUGUCUUUGCCCUCACCUAUGUUGUACUCUCUCUUUCUCUCUCACUCACAUGGUUGCCGUCUGCAGCCCCCUGAUCUGACUGUUGUAAUAUCACUCAGAUCUCAAGGUCUAGAAUAAAAUCUAUUUUGAUAAUA